UGAACCAAUUACUCAACUGCGAUAUGAUGAAAUCCUAUUAUUGUUUCCAAUUUUGAUAAAAUGUGCCAAUUUCGCAGCGAUAAAACAUAAAGAUCAGCGUAGGAGAUAAUAAAGACGCUACUCCGUGUAUCACUCAUCCUUUUGGUUUCGUGGCAGAGGUCACUGAUGAUAAAUUACUACCAAAACAGCAGCGGAAAAUUGAUUUGUUGAAAGCACAAAAAAAACGAAUCGUGCGAAACACAUGAAAUUAGCAGAUGUACUGUACAAUCUCUGUGACCUUGAUGGACGACCCCAGUUGGUUGGACAGAUGAUCGAGUAGCGCAAUAUUUUUUUAAUGGGCAAAGAAGGUGAUUGACGGAGUGCGAGAUCUAUAUUAUGGUUCAAAGAAGAGGACUUUGUAUUGGCCUAAUUAUUGUGCACCUUUGAGCACUAGGAUGGCGCCAAAAUCAUCCAUCACUUGUGUACAAUGUGAGAAAUCAUUUUCGACGAAGCAAGGUCUUGUCAGACAUAUUCGCAUUCAUACAGGAGAAAAACCAUUCCAGUGCAAAUUUUGUGAUAAAUCAUUUCCACAGAAGGGAAAUCUAUUGGCUCAUGGACGUAUUCACACUGGAGAAAAACCAUUCCAGUGCAAAUAUUGUGAGAAAUCAUUUUCACAGAAGAGACAUCGAUUGACUCAUGAGCGUAUCCACACAGGAGAAAAACCAUUCCAAUGCAAAUAUUGUUAUAAAUUAUUUCCACAGAAGGGAUAUCUAUUCAUUCAUGAGCGUAUUCACACUGAAGAAAAACCAUUCCAGUGCAAGUAUUGUGAGAAAUCGUUUUCACAUAAAGGAUAUCUAGUGACUCAUGAGCGUAUUCACACUGGAGAAAAACCAUUCCAAUGUAAAUAUUGUGAGAAAUCAUUUUCACAGAAGGGACAUCGAUUGACUCAUGAGCGUAUCCACACAGGAGAAAAACCAUUCCAAUGCAAAUAUUGUUAUAAAUCAUUUCUACAGAAGAUACAUCUAUUCAUUCAUGAGCAUAUUCACACUGGAGAAAAACCGUUCAGAUGUGUACAAUGUGAGAAAUCAUUUUUCUCAAAGCGGGCUCUUGUCAGUCAUAGUCAUAUUCAUGCAGGAGACAAACCAUUACAACUCAGCUUCAACUGUAAAUAUUGUCAUAAAACCUUAAAGAGUGAGUCUGGCUUACAAAAACAUAAGCGCAGCCACAAUGAUACUUCUCGUAAUACUCGCAAGGUGUCUGAUGCAAGUCCCGGCAAGGAUAAACGGUUAAAGUCAAAAAGUGGCAAAGCUAUGAAAAGUUCUCGUUCAAGGUCUCGUUGUGAGCAAACUGAUGUGGGAGAAGAUGCAGUAGUAUUAACUGGUCCUUCAAAUAGCAAUAAUUCUCCAAAUGGACAAAACCAAGUCCCUGCAUGUUCUGCGACGAAUGAAUGUUUGAUCAGCAGAGAGCCUGAGAGUGAAGUAUCAAAGUUGCCUGCUGCAGUCGGGUGUUUGGACAUGGAUAUCAAGGAUGCUGCUGCAAAAAUGACUGUUAUCGAUGGGAAUGAAACUGUUGGUCUGGGUACUGCCAAAAGUGAAGAUUAUCAAGUUUUGCGGCUGGGUGUGAAACGAGAUUUGAUUGAUCAUCAUUCUAAUCAGCUUGGAAACGUUAAAAGUGAACUCAUUGACAUGUUUGCUGCGGACCAGUCUGAUGGAAGUGAUGAACCAGCUCACACGUCUGCUACAGGGCAGUCCAGGGCUGAACUAGACAUACGUGCUGUUCAUGUUACAGAGGAGAGAAAUGUCAACAGUGGGGCCUUCAACCUGCCAUGUAACACAUCUCCUAUAGAACAGUCUAAUGUCAAAAGUGCGCCAUGUAACACAUCUCCUAUAGAACAGUCUAAUGUCAAAAGUGAGCCAUGUAACACAUCUCCUAUAGAACAGACCAAUGUCAAAAGUAAGCCAUGUAACACAUCUCCUAUAGAACAGACCAAUGUCAAAAGUGAGCCAUGUAACACAACUUCUAUAGAACAGUCCAAUGUCAAAAGUGAGCCAGGUGACACAUCUCCUAUAGAACAGACCAAUGUCAAAAGUGAGCAGUGUGACAUGUCUUUACAAGAGCAGGGUUAUAUCAUAGAGGAGGUGAGACCGUGUGAUAUGUUAGGUAACAUGUCUGCUUCUAAGCAGUCAAAUAUUAAUGGUGAGCCAUUUGACGCAUUUCCUAAAGAGGGGGCAAAUGUCAAAAGUGAGCCAAUUGCCACAUCUCCUAUAGAUCUGGGGGAUGACAUGUCUCAAGCAUUGCAUGUUAGGGUAGAGCAGGAAAACUCCAGUUGUGCACAUGAUAUUGAUAUGUCCAAGAUUGAUGAAUACAUUGCAGUGUUUGAUCGCUGGGCAGAAAUGUUGUGUGAAAAUACAGAUUAGGUCAAGAGAAUAUAACUGUUGUAUUCUCCUGUUAAAUAUCGAUGAUUCAAAAAGGCGAGCAGUCUUAGACUCAUGUGUAUGGAGAGUUUCGUUUCCUCUUUUUUAUUGGGUUUUUAGCAUGUUCGUGUAUGUAUGGAAACAGACCAUGAGAUUAAUACAUUGUGUAAAAGCUUGAGUGAAUACAACGAAAUAAACAUAUCUAAACUA